AUGGCUCCAAAAGCAACGGAAUCCGCGUCUCCAUUCGCCAAAGAUGAGAAAGUUUUGUGCUUCCAUCACGAGAUGCUCUACGAGGCAAAAGUCCUGGACUCGCAGCAUGUUCCCCCAAGCAGCUGGCGAUUCAAGAUACAUUACAAGGGAUGGAAAAACACUUGGGAUGACUGGGUUCCUGAAGACCGAGUCCGCAAAUUUACAGACGAGAAUAAAGAACUAGCUGCCCAACUUCAUACACAAAUGAAGGCGCUUCAGAGAGGAACGAAGUCCGUCACGAAGUCCAGCAAGAAGCCGAAUGGAUCAGAUUUCAGCUCGGCACGAGGUAGCGAGGAAAGACACACCUCUGUCGCAGCAACUGGCGGCCGUGCUGGUCAGAGAAGAAACAGAGAUUAUGACAUUGAAACAAGCGUGGUGGUUCGGCAAACCGCUCCUGGACGACAAACACCUCAACUCAAGGCACCUCCAACAACACAACUUUUGGUAAACACCCACAGUAGAUUUCUCUACCCAUACAAGUCAUUGGAUCAACGCGCUCACAGGGGUAUAAUUACUGUAUUUUCGCCAUCCUUGACCACCAUCACAACGCUCAACUCGUGGUUGAUAAUGGCAACUGGAUCAGCCUUAGCCUCAUCAUCCGAGGUUUCUAAACAAGAGUCCCAACAGAAUGAUCGUGGUGUCCAAGCCGGCGAUUCUGAUCGCGAUUCUGAAACCUCUGUCGGCGCCGUGCAGAACUCGCCCAAACGCAUCGGGCUACCAGACAAAUCACCCAGCCCAACAGCGCCGCCACGGAAGAGACAAGGCACUGGUAAAACCUCUUCUGCGCCAAAGGUUACUUCUGUGGGACAGCGAGCUACCAGAAGCCGCGCUCAAGAGCAAGACUGGAACAAAAUCAACAACGUCGAUUGGCCCAUCAUGAAGAUGCUCACAACAGAAGAGUGUCUUGCUCCUGAUCUAUUGCUCAAAUUGCCGACCAAGAACCAUACGUACAUCGACUCGCAAGGAAGACUCAGAGACCCUGACAAGUACUCCCGGGGCCAAAAUGCUCCCGUGGCCCCAGAGCAACCGCUCAAGAUUCAUCCUACGCUCGCUCGACACAUCAAAAAUGGGACCGCCACUAAAUAUAACACGCUGUGGUAUCAGAAUAUGGACGAAGAGUCUUGGGCUCCACUUGCUGGUGUCAUUGCUCCCAAAUCUGAACUCCGUUUAAAACAGCCACCAUCGGCUCAACCGUCCAGUGAGGAGUCCGAGAAUCUACCUGUUGAUCAGGAUCAAGAAGCUUCAGAUACCAUCGAGGAGAAUUUUCAUUCGCGGCCAUCAGUUAAGCUUGCCAUGCCUGAUCAAAUCAAGGCUAUUCUGGUCGAUGACUGGGAGAAUGUCACCAAAAAUCAGCAGCUUGUUCCUCUUCCCUGUCUUUAUCCAGUGAACGCCAUUCUCAAUGACUACUUUGAUUAUGAGAAACCAAAGAGGCAACCGGGUAGCCCUCAAGAAAACAUUCUAGAAGAGGUGAUGGCAGGACUGAGGGAUUAUUUCGAAAGAUGUCUAGGUCGUAUCCUUCUGUAUCGAUUUGAGCGUCAACAGUAUACCGAGGUCAGAGAAGCAUGGGCUGGCUCUGAAGGCGACUUAGCUGGCAAAAACGCUUGUUCCACAUAUGGAGCAGAACAUUUGUGUCGACUACUAGUAACACUUCCGGAGCUGAUUGCGCAAACAAACAUGGAUGUUCAAUCCGUCAAUCGCUUGCGAGAGGAGCUUACCAAGAUGUGUAACUGGAUUGGUCGUAAUGUGGAGAAGUACUUUUGCAAGGAAGCCGUUACAGGACGUAUGGGUUUUGCAAAAGAAGGCUGGAUAGUCUGGACACUGCGAUUGAUCGAUGGCUAUGAUGAACGAAGGAUCACCCCUGGUACAGACAAGAAUAUGAUUGAAGAGUUUUUUGGCUCUGAAUUGGAUUCUGCAAUCGCCUAA